GCUCGCCUAGGAAGUCGAUACGAAGUCGAUCGGCAGAACGCACAACUCGUGAUCUGCCGCGAUGCAGUCGGUGAAUAUUUACUCCGAUUACACGUGCACUUCAGCGCCGAGUUCCAUGUCCAUCACGGAGUCUACGAGUUGUACAGGCUCCAGCUGCACAAUUACCUACAUCGGUACCGAGUAUUACUACACUGAGACAACUUGUCCAUCUGACGCGAAGAGCUACGCAGCGAGCACUUACGGAAGCACAAAGUAUCUUUUGGUGGAAUUGUACUCGGAUAUCGACUGCUCCAGCUACACAGGAACCGCCGCGAUCGUUGGGUCGGGGACAUGCGAAGCCCUUGGCACCAUGGGCCAAGGUAUCAUCACGAACGUCUACGCUAAUGGCUCAGCGCAGUUCCAGUUCUACUUGGACACAACAUGCACGUACGCCACCAGUUCCCCAUACGUCAUCAGCAAAGACCUGCUCACAAGUCACGCGUGUUUCCAAGGAUACAAACUGUACUCUAACUCGGACGGAUCAACGACCAGUGGGGCCAGUCAAACUGAUGACUUGACUAGCGACACAGAUGGAACCACGACAGGAAGUACCGGUAGUGACAGCUCCGGGUCAAAUACCGGUCUCAUCAUCGGUAUCGCUGCUGGUGCUGUCAUUCUUCUGCUUAUCAUAGGCAUUCUAUGCUGGCGAUGUCGUCGCAACAAGAGCCAACAGGGGGACGAAUUGCGUGUCCAGAGUCCACUAGCUUUCGAAGAGGAUGCGUCGUCGUCGACUCAGUUCCAUCGAAUGCCCAUAACUCCACAGAAAACGGGCACAGCGUCUACGACCCUGGCCAGCUCGGACGGGGUUCUGCCUAGUAAACUCUGGGACGACGAAGCGAUCAUCGCUGCGCGGAUCCCGAGAGAGAAAGUAGUAGUCGAACGCCUGAUCAACCGAGGCGGCUUUGGAGAAGUGUAUGUGGGGACAUACAAUGGCCAUCAAGUGGCCGUUAAGAUGCUGCUACCGGAGCGCAAGAAGAGCUUGACGCAAGUGAACGCCUUCUUGUCUGAAGUCAAGCUCAUGAGUACGCUUGACCACGCGCAUAUUGUACAAUUCGUCGGCGUUGCGUGGGAUUCGCUCACGGAUUUAUGUGUUGUAACGGAGUAUAUGGUCAUCGACUUGAAGGCGCUUCUGGCCAAGUUCGAAGAGCAACGAAUGCCUGUUGGCUUCGAUCAUGAUAAGGUCAAGGUGGCGCUGCACGUCGCUCACGCUUUGACGUACUUGCACUCGUGUGCGCCUCCCGUGAUCCACCGCGAUCUCAAGUCCAGCAACAUUUUGUUGAAUGAGGCGAUGGACGCCAAAGUGACGGACUUUGGCAUCUCUCGGGAACGUAUUGAUGCCACCAUGACUGCAGGGGUCGGCACGUCUCUGUGGAUGGCGCCCGAGGUGAUGCUGGGCGAGCGAUACGACGACAAGGCUGAUUUGUUUUCCUUCGGUAUUGUGCUGUCCGAGCUCGACCGACACGUCCUCCCGUACUCGUACGCGAAGAAGAACACGCAGUCGGGUCAACGUCUUACGGACACGGCCAUUCUGCAAAUGGUGGCGGCUGGCAAAUUGCGCGUCCAGUUCUCCGACGCUGCGCCGCAGUCGAUGGUACAAUUGGGACUCGAAUGUGUCUCCACCGACCCGAAAGAACGACCAACGGCGGCUGAAGCACUGUACCGCCUGCAAAAGAUAUUGGCACACGAAAUGUAAGGCCAAAUAGCUGUGUUAAAUUGUGGUCGACUCGGCAUCAUCAUCAAGUUAAUUUGUUAAUCCCAUCACGGUGAUAAAUCUUCGAACCUAAUUGGCAC